AUGCCAAAAGCAGCGUCAAGUUCAAAUACUGCUCCCUCCCUCGCACGUACGAUUCAAGCAAAAAAACGUCGGCCUAAGAAUGGCGGAAAACCACGUCCUCCUCGUGAUCUCAUUCAAAAAAAGAUAAAUACUGCUAAUGUAAACGAUGCAACUCCUGAAAUUCCGACAACUGAAACUCUACCAAUUCCCCAAUCGGAUUCAUCGUUUACAGUGUCGAGCAGUGGUGGUUUAUCUUCUAGCGCACCACUUCCUACAGUUCUCAGCGCAAACGAUAGUCUUCUGGCAGAUAAGGAUAAUGAAAAUGAGUCCAUAAAUGCGCCGAUUGAUAAUACCGGAAGCGAUAAUGAAGAAGAAGACGAAGAAGAAGGUGACGCCCAUGAUAUUCGCGGUUCAGACGAUGAUGAACAAGAAGAUCCAAAAGAUUAUUGUAAAGGUGGUUAUCAUCCUGUAACUAUCGGCUCAACAUUCAAUCAACGUUAUCAUGUUAUACGUAAAUUGGGCUGGGGUCAUUUCUCAACUGUAUGGUUAUGUUGGGAUCGUAAAGCGUCAAGAUUUGUUGCUAUGAAAGUUGUUAAAAGCGCUAAGCAUUAUACUGAAACAGCUUUAGAUGAAAUAAAAUUAUUAACUAGUGUCCGUGAAAGUGAUCCAUCAGAUCCUCAUCGUCUUAAAUGCGUUCAAUUAUUGGAUGAUUUUAAAGUUGCUGGCAUCAAUGGUUUACAUGUUUGUAUGGUUUUUGAAGUUCUCGGACAUAAUUUACUUAAACUAAUCAUACGUUCAAAUUAUCGUGGUAUACCAAUUGCUAAUGUUAAACUAAUUAUUAAACAAGUACUAGAAGGCCUUGAUUAUCUACAUCGAAAAUGCCAGAUUAUUCAUACCGAUAUUAAGCCGGAAAAUGUUCUCAUGUGUGUUGAUGAAGAACAUAUACGUGCUUUAGCAUAUCAAGCUGCUGAAUGGCAUAAACUUGGAAUUAAACCUGUUGGGUCUGCUGUUGCUACAACACAUAUUGUCAACAAACCGGAUUUGAAAACGAUGUCGAAAAAUAAGAAGAAAAAAUUAAAGAAAAAAGAAAAACAGAAACAAAAAAUGCUUGAAUUAACACAACAACAAAUUCAAGAUGCGGAAAAACAAAAGCAAAAACUUUUAAAUUCACCAAAUAAAAUUAAUUUAAAGAAAAUGUCUAUUAAUGAUGAAACAGAUCUUCCAGCAGACGAAAAAAAUUUCAAUGGACAUAAAGAAAAUUCAGCAGUCGACAGUGACGAAGACGAUACAGCUGUGAAAACUGUUAAUGGACAUGAAACCGAGCAAUCACUCAAUGAACAAGCAGCUAUGGCUGCCGCGGCUGCUAUUUCAGGCGAUGCAGAUAAACAGACAAAACCAAAUGAAUCUGAUUCAUUAGAUAAACCUCGACCCAUGGCUGAACGAACACCAAAUCCAGUUUUUGAAGUUAUACCAGAAGAUAUUCUUCAAGUUAAAAUAGCCGAUUUAGGCAAUGCUUGUUGGACAUAUCAACAUUUUACAGAAGAUAUCCAAACACGGCAAUAUCGUUCACCUGAAGUUAUACUUGGUGCUGGCUAUGAUUCAUCAGCUGAUAUAUGGAGUGUAGCUUGUAUGGCAUUUGAAUUGGCAACUGGUGAUUAUUUAUUUGAACCACAUAGUGGCGAUGAUUAUAAUCGAGAUGAAGAUCAUAUUGCACAUAUUAUUGAAUUAGUUGGUCCUAUGCCUCUUGAAAUAGCGCAUUCGGGUCGAUAUUCAAAAGAAUUUUUUAAUAGAAGAGGACAAUUACGUAAUAUAAAACAAUUAAAACCAUGGGAUUUAUAUCAUGUGCUGAGUGAAAAAUACAAAUGGCCACCGUAUGAAGCUAUUGAAUUUACACAUUUUCUCGAACCAAUGCUUCACUAUGAUGUUAAUCUACGUGCGACAGCUGCUGAAUGUCUAAUGAACCCAUGGAUAACUGGUGAACCAUUAUUUGAUAAUUCUGUCGAUGGUCUCAUGUAUUCUGAACAAUUCGAUUAUCGACCUGACAACGAAGCUAAUCCAUCGGCCGCUGAAGUCGGAGCUCUUGGUUUUGAUUUUCGUUCACAUGCAACUGAAUUCGAUAAUUUCUUGUCAGCAGCUUUGGAAAAUCCACAAGUUCUACGUGGCGUUGCUGCUGCUACUUUUAUUGGAGGCAAUUUCGGUGAAGAUGAUAUGUGGGACGACUAUGAAGACAUCGAUGAAGAUAACGAUAACGAUGACGAUGACAGUAGUCAAGGCGAACUUGAUGAUUGA